AUGUCCUGCCGCUCCUACAGGAUCAGCCCCGGAUGUGGGGUCACCAGGAACUUCAGCUCCUGCUCGGCCGUGGCCCCCAGAACCGGCAGCCGCUGCUGCAUCAGCGCCGCGCCCUACCGAGGGGUGUCCUGCUACCGGGGCCUGACAGGCUUCGGCAGCCGCAGCCUCUGUAGCCUGGGCCCCGGCGGGCCCCGCAUGGCUGGGGGGGGCUUCCGCGCCGGCUCCUGCGGGCGCAGCUUCGGCUACCGCUCUGGCGGCGUGUGUGGGCCCAGCCCCCCCUGUAUCACCACCGUGUCGGUCAAUGAGAGCCUCCUCACGCCCCUCAACCUGGAGAUCGACCCCAACGCCCAGUGCGUCAAGCACGAGGAGAAGGAGCAGAUCAAGUGUCUCAACAGCAGGUUCGCCGCCUUCAUCGACAAGGUGCGCUUCCUAGAGCAGCAGAACAAGCUGCUGGAGACCAAGUGGCAGUUCUACCAGAACCGCCAGUGCUGUGAGAGCAACCUGGAGCCACUCUUCAGUGGCUACAUCGAGACGCUGCGGCGGGAGGCCGAGUGUGUGGAGGCCGACAGUGGGAGGCUAGCCUCAGAGCUCAACCACGUGCAGGAGGUGCUGGAGGGCUACAAGAAGAAGUACGAAGAGGAGGUGGCCCUGAGGGCCACGGCAGAGAACGAGUUUGUGGUUCUGAAGAAGGAUGUGGACUGCGCCUACCUGCGGAAAUCAGACCUGGAGGCCAACGUGGAGGCCCUGGUGGAGGAGUCCAGCUUCCUCAAGCGCCUCUAUGAAGAGGAGAUCCGAGUUCUCCAAGCCCACAUCUCAGACACCUCGGUCAUCGUCAAGAUGGACAACAGUCGCGACCUCAACAUGGACUGUGUGGUUGCUGAGAUCAAGGCUCAAUAUGAUGACGUUGCCAGCCGCAGCCGGGCUGAGGCUGAGUCCUGGUACCGCAGCAAGUGCGAGGAGAUGAAGGCCACAGUGAUCAGGCACGGGGAGACCCUGCGCCGCACCAAGGAGGAGAUCAACGAGCUCAACCGCAUGAUCCAGAGGCUGACGGCCGAGAUUGAGAACGCCAAGUGCCAGCGCGCCAAGCUGGAAGCCGCCGUGGCUGAGGCCGAGCAGCAGGGGGAGGCGGCCCUCAGCGACGCCCGCUGCAAACUGGCGGAGCUGGAGGCCGCCCUGCAGAAGGCCAAGCAGGACAUGGCCUGCCUGCUCAAGGAAUACCAGGAGGUCAUGAACUCCAAGCUGGGUCUGGACAUCGAGAUCGCCACCUACAGGCGUCUGCUGGAGGGCGAGGAGCACAGGCUGUGUGAAGGUGUGGGUUCCGUGAAUGUCUGCGUCAGCAGCUCCCGUGGCGGAGUGUCCUGCGGGGGCCUCACCUAUGGCACCACUCCAGGGCGCCAGAUCACCUCUGGCCCCUCGGCCACAGGGGGCAGCAUCACAGUGAUGGCCCCCGACUCCUGUGUCCCCUGCCAGCCCCGCUCCUCCAGCCUCAGCUGCGGGAGCAGCCGGUCUGUCCGCUUCGCGUAAUGGAGUCUCGGAGCCUGGGCCUCCCACCAAGCGCCAGCCCUGCCUGCGCCAGCCAAGCAUUGAAUGGUGUGUGAAUAGAAAACGUGUGCUUGCUUCCAGAAUCUUCCAGAUGUUCCCACAGAGGGAAAGACCCUCGGGCCGCUCUCCUCCACCUUCUCGUGUUGGGGAGGUGUGUCUCCCAGUUUCUUCUUGUUAUUUUUCUUCAUGUCAUCCCCUGUCCUUGGCUUAGACCCCAGCCUGGCUCUAAAAUACCUGUGGUCAAUUUGUAUGAUUCUCCGAGUUCUC